AUGCUCAUGGCAGCAUACUGGAUUUGGUGGUCUCGUCGACGGAAUUUCCUGAAUUCUCAUGGACUUCACGGAGUAUAUUCUGACCAUUCCUUGAUUCAGAUAAGUUCUCCGAUGAUGUUCAGUUUUCCAGUCGGGGUGAAGAAAAUUGUUCGAUCAUGGAAUCAAGUUGAUUACAAAAAAUUCAUUUCAUUGAUAUUAAACUCGCCAAUUUGUGGACCAUUUGAAUCAAACGAUCCUGAAUACUUGCUUAAUUUAUUUGAAAGGGAGAUUGGAAUCAUUACGGAUACUGUUGCACCCAAACACAUUGUCACAUUUAAAGAUAUUUCAACCUCACCUUAG